AUGUCCAAAAUCAGUCGUAAGAGGCCUCUUGAAGAUGAAGGGGCCGAUCCUUACUCGUCCGUGCUUGAACGGUACAGUAGAACCAUGGACUUGCAGGACAAAAUAGCCGAGCAAUACCCGGAAACCAACGACACAGAACCAAUGGAGGUGAAAAAAGACGUUGCACCGCUACCGCAGCCCAAAUUGCCCCGAGACAAGUCUCUGUACUCGCAGGAGCAGAAAAACAAAAACCUCAACUGGCUCUCCACUCCUGAGUAUCACAGCACUACCCAAGCCAAAUCGUUCAAGGAUUUUGAGCCUGCUCUUGAUCCAGUGAUUAUUUCCAAUCUUGAAACCAAGUUCGGCAUAACUUCUGCCUUUUCCGUGCAGAUCAACGUGAUAGAGUCUCUUUUGAAAGACAUCAAUGCCAACAAGAUUGACCCGACUCCUUUUGGCGACUAUCUGGUCAAUGCGUCAACAGGUUCAGGUAAAACGCUCGCAUACUUGAUUCCUAUAGUACAAAGUUUGAUUGGCCGAGUUGUUCCUCGACUAAGGUGCAUUAUUUUGGUUCCAACAAAACCAUUGAUCACACAGGUCUAUUCUAACAUUUUGCAGCUGACAAAAGGAUUGGAUAUCAAUGCGUUAGCUCUGCGUAGCGACGUGGGUGUCAAGGAAGAAGCAAAGAAACUUGCAACGACUAAGCCAGAUAUAGUGGUUUCUACGCCAGGUCGUCUUGUCGAGCAUUUGUUGAACGACAUGGACCUUUCACAGCUCCGGUUUUUGGUGGUUGAUGAAGCAGAUCGGCUGCUGAACCAGUCGUUUCAAAACUGGUGCGACACUCUGAUUGCCAAACUGGAGAAAGACCAGAAAUACGGUGCAGGAGAAGACUUUUACAACAGCUACACUGUGAAAUGCAGCAAGCUGAUUUUUAGUGCGACCUUGACAACAGAUUCCGAGAAAUUGUUCCAUCUUAAGCUUUUCAAACCUAAAUUGGUGGUGAUCAACAACGCAGAACAGCUGGUGAACGAGCUGUACCAGAUUCCGCCAAACCUUGACGAAAAAUAUGUGCGGAUAAACGAGAAGCUGGCAUUCUUCAAGCCAAUGGUGUUGCUCCGCUACUUGGAGCAGCCAGAGUACAGUUCUCACGGACUUGUGUUUACGAAAUCGAACGAGUCAGCAAUUAGACUUGCUCGUCUGCUAACACUUUUGAGUGAGAAGCUGGGCCUGGGUUUAGACAUAAUGUCCGUCAACUAUAGUCUCAAAACGCACGAGAGAGCCAAAAUCCUCAAAAAGUUCCACGAGGAAGGCGGUAUUUUGAUCGCUACCGAUCUCAUUGCGCGCGGAAUGAACAUCGAAUCGAUCAAAUUUGUUUUAAAUUACGAUCUUCCUCUUUCGACCAAGGAAUACAUCCACAGAGUCGGCAGAACAGCCCGUGCGAACAGGCAUGGAACAGCUAUAACGCUGUGUUUUGGGGAUGGAGAUUUCAGAUGGUUCAAGCGACUAGUUUACUCGGGUGGAGUGAUCAACAGAAACGGCAAGGAUAUCGAGGAGGUGAAGGUGGUGAGAGAAACAGACGAAAAAACAGAUUCCGAUUUUGUGCUUGAGCUUGAUAAGAACGUCUACAACGAGUGCCUGGACGAGCUUGAGAAAGAAAUCAGAAAUAGCAAGUAA